AGCCCUACCUUAGGGCGCCAGAGGCCGCCACAACGCAGGCGCAUUCAGCUACAGACCACUCCCUCCUCCGCACUCCUGCCUCUCCACUUCCCCUCUCCGCCCGGCCGGCCUUCGCUUUGCGCACGCGCCUUUUGAGGUAACGGCCCAAAGAGGUAGAAGCGCUUUUCCCGCCCGGCCGCGGGGCGUGGCUCUGCGCGUAGCUUGAUGACGACAUUUCGGCGCCGUGGCGGAAUGGCGGCUUCCACCUCUGAGGCGGGCGACGGUAUGGGUCCCACAGUGGUUUGCUAAGAAGGCCAUUUUCAACUCUCCACUGGAGGCUGCUAUGGCGUUCCCUCACCUGCAGCAGCCCAGCUUUCUACUGGCUAGCCUGAAAGCUGACUCUAUAAAUAAGCCCUUUGCACAGCAGUGCCAAGACUUGGUUAAAGUCAUUGAGGAUUUUCCAGCAAAGGAGCUGCACACCAUCUUCCCAUGGCUGGUAGAGAGCAUUUUCGGCAGCCUAGAUGGUGUCCUCAUUGGCUGGAACCUCCGCUGCUUACAGGGGCGCGUGAAUCCUGUGGAGUACAGCAUCGUGAUGGAAUUUCUUGACCCUGGUGGCCCAAUGAUGAAGUUGGUUUAUAAGCUUCAAGCUGAAGACUAUAAGUUUGACUUUCCUGUCUCCUACCUGCCUGGUCCUGUGAAGGCGUCCAUCCAGGAGUGCAUCCUCCCUGACAGUCCUCUGUACCACAACAAGGUCCAGUUCACCCCUACUGGGGGCCUUGGUCUGAACCUGGCCCUGAAUCCGUUCGAGUAUUACAUAUUCUUCUUUGCUUUGAGCCUCAUCACUCAGAAGCCACUCCCUGUGUCCCUCCACGUCCGUACUUCAGACUGUGCCUAUUUCAUCCUGGUGGACAGGUACCUGUCAUGGUUCCUGCCCACUGAAGGCAGUGUGCCCCCGCCACUCUCCUCCAGCCCAGGGGGGACCAGCCCCUCACCACCUCCCAGGACACCAGCCAUGCCCUUUGCUUCCUAUGGCCUCCACCACACUAGCCUCCUGAAGCGACACAUCUCUCAUCAGACGUCAGUGAAUGCAGACCCAGCCUCCCAUGAGAUCUGGAGGUCAGAAACUCUGCUCCAGGUUUUCGUUGAAAUGUGGCUUCAUCACUAUUCCUUGGAGAUGUAUCAAAAAAUGCAGUCCCCUCACGCCAAGCUGGAGGUUCUGCACUACCGACUCAGUGUCUCCAGCGCCCUCUACAACCCUGCCCAACCCAGCCUCCAGGCCCUCCACGCCUACCAAGAGUCGUUCACGCCUACUGAGGAGCAUGUGUUGGUGGUGCGCCUGCUGCUGAAGCACCUGCACGCCUUUGCCAACAGCCUGAAGCCAGAGCAGGCCUCACCCUCCGCCCACUCCCACGCCACCAGCCCCCUGGAGGAGUUCAAACGGGCCGCUGUCCCGAGGUUCGUCCAGCAGAAACUCUACCUCUUCUUGCAGCAUUGCUUUGGCCACUGGCCCCUGGACGCAUCAUUCAGAGCUGUCCUGGAGAUGUGGCUGAGCUACCUGCAGCCGUGGCGGUACGCACCUGACAAGCAGGCUCUGGGCAGCGACUCCCAGCCCCGGUGUGUGUCGGAGAAAUGGGCGCCCUUUGUCCAGGAGAACCUGCUGAUGUACACCAAGUUGUUUGUGGGCUUCCUGAACCGUGCGCUCCGCACAGACCUGGUCAGCCCCAAGCAUGCGCUCAUGGUGUUCCGAGUGGCCAAAGUCUUUGCCCAGCCCAACCUGGCUGAGAUGAUUCAGAAAGGUGAGCAGCUGUUCCUGGAGCCAGAGCUGGUCAUCCCCCACCGCCAGCACCGACUCUUCACGGCCCCCACCUUCACUGGGAGCUUUCUGUCACCCUGGCCACCAGCGGUCACUGAUGCCUCCUUCAAGGUGAAGAGCCAUGUCUACAGCCUGGAGGGCCAGGACUGCAAGUACACCCCGAUGUUUGGGCCCGAGGCCCGCACCCUGGUCCUGCGCCUCGCUCAGCUCAUCACACAGGCCAAACACACAGCCAAGUCCAUCUCGGACCAGUGUGCGGAGAGCCCGACUGGCCACUCCUUCCUCUCAUGGCUGGGCUUUAGCUCCAUGGAUACCAACGGCUCUUACACAGCCAACGACCUGGACGAGAUGGGGCAAGACAGCGUCCGGAAGACAGAUGAAUACCUGGAGAAGGCCCUGGAGUACUUACGCCAGAUAUUCCGGCUCAGCGAAGCGCAGCUCAGGCAGUUCACACUCGCCUUGGGCACCGCCCAGGAUGAGAAUGGAAAAAAGCAGCUUCCUGACUGCAUCGUGGGUGAGGACGGACUCAUGCUUACGCCCCUGGGGCGGUACCAGAUCAUCAAUGGGCUGCGAAGGUUUGAAAUUGAGUACCAGGGGGACCCGGAGCUGCAGCCCAUCCGUAGCUAUGAGAUCGCCAGCUUGGUCCGCACGCUCUUCAGGCUGUCGUCUGCCAUCAACCACAGAUUUGCUGGACAGAUGGCGGCUCUGUGUUCCCGGGAUGACUUCCUCGGCAGCUUAUGUCGCUACCACCUCACAGAACCUGGGCUGGCCAGCAGGCACCUGCUGAGCCCUGUGGGGCGGAGGCAGGUGGCCGGCCACACCCGCGGCCCCAGGCUCAGCCUGCGCUUCCUGGGCAGUUACCGGACGCUGGUCUCGCUGCUGCUGGCCUUCUUCGUGGCCUCUCUGUUCCGCGUUGGGCCUCUCCCAUGCACGCUGCUGCUCACCCUGGGCUACGUCCUCUACGCCUCUGCCAUGACACUGCUGACCGAGCGGGGGAAGCUGCACCAGCCCUGAAGGUGUCAGCUGCCUUCAGAGCAGGCUGGAGGGAUUUGCCACACAGCCCCACCCUUGGGCCUGAGAGGACCUGGGAAGCCCCUCCAGGAGGGAACACGGUCAUCCUCGGGCUUCUGGAGCGGGGUUCCUGCAGCCGCAGAGGCAUCUGGAGGAAACGCAACCAAGAAGGGAAGGCAGGUGGGGCCCAGCAAAGGAGUGGCUACCAGGGCUCAACAGCCACGCUCUGUGACAGCGCAGAGCUCAGCGCCGGCCUUUCCCUCCCUCCGCCAAGGACUCAUGGCCAAGCCAGCUCUCGGGGCCUUUUUUCCAGUGCCCAUUUGGGUACUCUGCUGCACCAAGCUUGGGAGCCAGCCUGCCAACAGCCGCCUGGGCCUGGCCUCCCCACUGGCUGGCCUUGAGGUGGGCAGAGUGGGUUGUGGUGCCUCCUCUCCCUGUGUGGGACCAGGACGGUGGCUCAAGUCUCCACUCCAGGAAAGAAUCAAAGUUUCUAGAGUUGUGAGAAAACUAGAGAGUGGCUCUCCUGAUUCCUCACUGUGAGGGGCAUUCUUCAUGUUCUCCCAGCUGUUCCAAGACUGGGCCAUAGAAUUCCAUGUUUCAGGAGCCUAAGACCCUCCCAGAGCCCAGGUGCUUCACUGCAGACCCCAAGCCAUUGAGCACAUCACCCAGAGCAGUGGCCAACAUUGCAGACCCCUGUGCCUUGUCACAGAUGGGUGCUGGUCCUCAGGCAUUGGGGACACUGCUGGGUCGAUGGGUUCGGAUUCUGCCAGUUUCUGCUCUGCAGCCAAAGAUGGUCAGAAGCAUUGUCACUUCACUAACAUCAAGUGCUCAAAGACAUGGCAACUGUUCAAUGGUACUUAUGUAUUCAAAAUAUACAACUGCAGAUUCUCUGACAGAAACCAGCACGGGGUCUUCACCUUCAUUUACCCCACAGACGACAUGUGAGGGAGAACAGCAUCUCAGUGGUGAUUUCCAAACCAAGCCUUUGUUUUCGGUGUGGGGCUUUGGGGGUUUGCUUUAAUGUUUUUCAGAUGUGAAUGUUGGGCUUUGUAUUUUGAUGUAAACUGAGAAUAAUGGCAUUUUAGGGCCUGUGACCAAAAAUCAAGCUUGUAACGACCAUGGAUCUGAAUAAACCUGUCCUUGCUUCUGA